AUGUAAAUUUUAUUGUUUUUUGUACCCCUAUUAAUUUUGGGAUAAAAAGUGCGGAUUUUUAUGGAAGAUGCAGAUGAUGAAUAUUUAGUUUAUGAUAAGAACAAGGUUUCAUUUGAAUUCCUCCCCGAGAAUUUAAAUCAAGGAGUGACAUGCAAGCCACCAAGAUCUUUUGGUAUAUUGAGUACAAACGAUGGAAUUGGAAUUUCAAAUUAAACUCUAAGAAUAGAAAAUGAAGAUAUUAUAUCAUUCAAUGUCUAUGUUCUGCAAGAGGAUGAGAAAAAUACUAACAUGUAUAAAUAUGUAAUUAUAAAGAGAAACCUGUAAACCGAAGUGAUUUCAGAUGACAAUAAGCUUAAGCCCAAAAGCGAGAUCCUUUUUAGACUCUCAUAGCAAUGUCCCCAAAGAGAUCAUCUCACCUCUUAAAAUUAUUGGACACCAAUAAGUAUACAAGUGAGUUUGAAUGAAGUGAAUUAAGGAACUCAUGAAUUAAUAAAGUUUGCAAUAAUAUUCUCAUGCGACAAAUCAUACAGAGACAUCACAUUCGAUUGGAGUCUCCCCAUAUUACUAGUAAUAUCAACUAUUUUGAUCGCAUUUUUGGCUAAAUACACUAGAAUCCUGUCAUUUAGUUGGAAGAGAAAUGGAAAGGACUUUCAGGGAUUCGAAAUCAAUUUCAUGAUUAUUGGAAUCUAUAUAAUAUUAUAUGCCGGUGGAGCCACGAUAGUUUUAGCGACAGAAUUUUUGGAUUUCGUCAGAUACUUUUUCAUUAUAAUAGCCUGCACAAUAGGCACACUUGCAAUAUUCUUUGUGUCUUCUGAGGUAUUUAAAAGAUAUAAUUACCCUAGUUUGCAUGUCUAUUGAAAUAGAAUUCAUUUGUAAGAAAAUAUUACAUUGUGUUUUCAUCAAUAAUUUCUUUAUUAAUUGCCUUGCCUUAUUAUUUUUUUAAGCCAUGGUACUUGAGUGAUAUCAUUUCUCUAGCCUUUAUAGUACUGAUUGUCAAGUUCUUCAGACUCAAGAACAUUAAGUUUGCCUCAUUCUUAAUGAUAUCUAAUGUUUUAUUGGAUUCGAUAUUGGCCUUAAUCAUCCAUUAUACCUAAGUUCAGUCUUACAACACAACUGUAUUACAAUUUUUGAAUUGCCCUUUAGAAUUGCAACUGCCCUUAAUACGUUUGCAAUUUAACAAAAAUUGUGCUUGGAUCUCACUGUUUAGUUAAGCUAUACCAGGACUCCUUUUGAGCUUAGCCUAUAGGAUAGAUAAGACUAAGAGGACCUUCACUUACGGUCUGCAGGGUUUCUUGUCUUUGAUAAUUGCAGAAGGGCUUUGGGUAUUAGCCACAGUGUCUGUGAAGCAUUCGAUACCUGAAACCAUAUUUACAUAUCCUAUUUUAUUGGGAACUUUAACUCUAAAUUCUCUUAGGAGAGCAGAAUUUAACUCCUUUUGGUUCGGUGACUAUUUAACGGAUCAAAGCUAUUCAAGAUUGAGAGGAGAUAGUCUAAUGGAUGCAAAACCUCCUGAUCUAUUGUUUAAUGUGGAUGUUCUUCCUGAUAGCAAAGUUUAACCAACUGAUCUAUGA